UGACUUCUCCCUCACUGAACUCUACCCUCAUCCGAGAGGAGGCGUUACCUACUGUCAAAGAGCUUAUAAACGCCUGAAGGGUUGGCAUGGAGCUGCUGCGCCUCCUGGGAGAGACACUUCAGUAAGAGAACUUUGGAGACCACCAUGGCAGGGAAGCCCAAGCUUCACUACUUCAAUGGACGAGGCCGAAUGGAGUCCAUCCGGUGGCUCUUGGCCGCAGCAGGAGUAGAGUUUGAAGAGAAAUUUAUUGAAACUCCAGAAGACUGGGAUAAGUUAAGGAGUGAUGGACAUCUGAUGUUCCAGCAAGUGCCAAUGGUGGAAAUAGAUGGAAUGAAGAUGGUGCAGACCAGGGCCAUUCUCAACUACAUUGCCACCAAAUACAACCUCUAUGGGAAAGACAUAAAGGAGAGAGCCCUGAUAGAUAUGUACACAGAAGGUAUAGCCGAUUUGAGUGAAAUGAUCAUUGUUUUGCCUCUAUGCCCACCUGAUCAAAAGGAGGCCAAGAUUGCCCUGAUCAAAGAGAGAACAACAGAUCGUUAUCUCCCCGUGUUUGAAAAAGUGUUAAAGAGCCAUGGACAAGACUACCUUGUUGGCAACAGGCUGAGCAAGGCUGACAUUCACCUGGUUGAACUUCUCUACUAUGUGGAAGAGAUUGACCCUAGCCUCCUAGCCAACUUCCCUCUAUUGAAGGCCCUGAAAACCAGAAUCAGCAACCUCCCCACGGUAAAGAAGUUUCUGCAGCCUGGCAGCCAGAGGAAACCUCCCAUUGAUGAGAAGAGUUUAGAACAAGCCAAGAAGAUUUUCAGGAUGAAAUGAAGCAGGAAUGGAUGCCCAGCCCACACAAGACACACCUGCUGAAGUUUUCUAGCCAUGAAGUGCAUUACCUCCAUGUAAUUCCUGGCUAUUGUGAGGUUAGGU